AUGACGACCGAACCACCCUGCCGCCUAGCAUUUUUUUCACACCCACGCACCGCAUCGAACCUCAUCCUCAAGAUCCUAAACAUCUCCUCGCAGCACGACGUACUCGAACACCCCGACCUACCUGACUACGGCCACAGUUUCAGCCCCGCCAUCAAGCUUAAAGUCGAUGGCCAGCGCGUUCGAAAGCCCAGCGAAUGGACAGAAGAAGAACGUACAGCAACGAACGACCAUUACGGAAAAGGUCUUGCUACCGUCAUAGAAUACGCCGCUUUAGCCGAGACCCAGGGCAGGAUUGCGUUUUUCCGCGAACACAGCAUAUCGAUAUCAGACCCGGUUGCGCAAUACUGCUUUUAUUCUGGAACGAGUGUGGACAGCGAAGAGGCUUGGUCGAAUUCCUCCGCCCACACAACGCGAAACAGAACUUUACUUCCCGACGACUUCCUCCGGCAAUGGUAUCCCAUUUUCGUGAUCCGCCACCCAGCAUCAGCAUUCUCAUCCUACUACCGCGUGCUCAAAGCCUCAGACUCAGGUCCAGAGAAGAUACUGCAGCAAGCCACAAUGGUAAACACCUACCACUGGACACGCACCCUGUACGAUCUCUACAAACACACAUUCGGCAUUACCGGAAUAAUUCUCGACGCAGAUGACGUCGUCGCGAAUCCCCAAUUGCUUAUCAACGCCAGCAAGCGUGUUGGCUUGGACCCGCAGAAGCUCAAGUUCACCUGGAAUGCGACGUCGAGUAAGGCGGAGAUUACGGCGAAGACGACGCAUGAUCCGCAGCACUUGGAGUUUAUGGAGACGCUGGAUCGGUCGACGGGGGUCAUCAGGGGGGAUUUGAGGGGGAAACUUGAUGUGGGAGUUAUGGGGGGGAAGUGGAGGGAAGAGUUUGGCGAGGAGGAGGGCAGGAGGCUUGAGGGGUGGGUGGCGGCUGCCAUGGAUGAUUAUAGAUAUUUGGAGCAGGAGAAGUUUAGGGCGUGA